ACUUGCACUUGUAUUAUUAUUGAACUGCCAAUAACUUAUAACUCAACCAAUCGUGAAAACCAAGAAAGUCAUCCAGCCUUCGUUAGACUUUCUAUUUAGAACAUCUGUGAUAUCUACUACUAUUUGUGGUUUUCAUAUAUUGCCAAUUAAUUAAUAUACAUGCUUAUAAACUGAAAAACAUUAUGAAAUGGGUUCGAAUGGUCUGAAUGGAUGAUUAUUAUAAUUUAAAAAAAAAUAAAAAAUUGUAUGAUUAUGAUUAUGAAUUAAAUAGAAACAUUCUGAUUCUCGCAUGUAGCUACACAGUAACACACUCUAGUUCACUAUACUACUUGACUUUGUAAAUGUAGCUGCUAGUGUGUAAGUGUAUCAGUAUCAGUUAUUGCAUAACUUCAUUUGCCUGGAAGUUAAUGAAGUUAUUAACAAGUUUAGUUUAACUUUGGUCCUUGCCGUUGGAUCCUCUAUGACUAUGACUAUGAAAAUGAAUGGGUAAUGCCAGUAAUGGGAAAUUACUUGACUUAUAUUAAUACUUAUAAUGAUUAAUGAUAAUAAUAUUAUAAUUAUUGAAGUUAUUGCAUUGAAAUUUAUUGUUGCACUUAUGCUCUAAAUUUGAUACCAAUGCUGUAUUACUUAAUUACUACAUUGCAUUAAUAAUAAUUAAUAACAGUAAUUAAUAGUGAAUGAGUAAAAGCCAUAUAUGCUAAAGGCUCUUUUAUAGUCUAUAGUGGCCAAAAGUAAUCUUAGACAGCAUUGUAGAACAACAUUUUUGAAAGAUGACUGGCAACUCUAUAGUGAAUGAUCAUGGGGAUGAUAAUAAUGCUGAUCCAAAUGUUACGCCUACCACUAAACUGAGCUUCACAGACCACUACCUUGGCCUUGAUGAUCCUGAAGUCGAGGCAAACAACAAAUUUCAAGAUGAUGCUCGGGAUUUUAAUCUGACAGACACCAUAGCUGCUAUAAUCUCAGCCGUUUUGGCUGUGGUCUUUUUAAUAAUGGUGGUGUGCCUUAUUCAAGUAAUAAAAAAACGAAGAAGAGAAAGACAAGGAAACAGGCUCAAUCGACCCAUUAUACACACCAUAACGCCACCGACAUUUGGGGCGAGUAAGUAUUUUGUUUUGUGUGAAUGUAUGCAGUACUGGAAUUGAAAGCAAAAAUAAUUUUUGGUAUCAGAACUUACUUCUGUCAAUAUGUUUGGUAUUAGCUUAGUUACAUUCUUUAGCAUAGAAAUAAGUAAUUAACUGGAAGAAAUUUGUGCGAAAAAACAAAAAACUUCAAAAAUUGACAAAGGUGGCCCUAUGGUGUAAUCAAGGGUACUGCAAAGCAUAUCCAGGAGCUGGGGUCAUUUCAAACUACGGACAAGUACAGAAGCUGCCAGUUGAAAUGGACUUUACAGGCCAAUUUAAGUAGCUUUAAUGGGGCAGGGACGGGCCCAAAAUUCUUAACAUUUUUACAAUUUAAUUUUAAAACUGAAAUGAAAAAGUAAAUAAAAAGUUGAAUAUUAACAGGUUAGCAAGGGUGUCCUUAAGGAUAGGCAGCUUUAGAAAGAAAAGGGAGAAAAGUCAUGUUAGUUUCACCUUAUCAUUUGAAGAUGUCUAACUAUCAAAGGAUUUUUUUGCAAUUCAUAUUCAUCAAAGUGAAAGUCAGUUAAUAGAAUUUUUUUACAAUUUUUCUUUUGGGAUGUUUUUGGUGCUUUUGAUUUUUUUUAUUCCAAUAAAAGGAAUUGAACUAUAUAUUUUAAAAAUCAACAAAAGAAAUAUUAGGUGCACUCACUAAAUGUGACUGAAAAAUUUUAAAAGAAAACAUAGGUAUUUAAAUUUCCGAAAAUCCUCAAAUUUAGGCCCAGCUCCCAUUUCUAGGAAUUUAAAAGAAGUUUUACAUUUCAGUGACAGAUUCAUGUAGUCAAAUAUUCAAAUAUGUUUAAAUAUUAAAUUCAUGAUUGUUCCAUUUAAGGACAAACAUACUUUUGACUAUUUUACCAGCUUUUAAGGCUUAUAAACUCUUAUUUCUGAAAGUUACUUUCACGUUAACAGUUACCUUUACCUGUUCUCUCAGAUGUAGGUGCCUACAGACAUGUGCCAGCCUCAACCACUUUUAGCUGGGAGAGCAUUACUGACAGUCAAGCCCCUAUACCUCACUCAGAAUCUCUUGAUGAAUCACUUUCAGCAAGCCAGCCAUCCGAGAGACUAUCUUAUGCAUCAACAUCAUCUGCCACGGUGCUGGUCACAGCCAUUCUUCACCAUCACCCCUGCUCCUCAUCAACAUCAGAAGCACAUAUAACAAAUGAAGGUUAUGAUUCUUCCAUAACCUCAGUGCAUUUAGCCAACACCCAGCAAAAGUUAGCACAAUGUAAACCUUCAUCAUCUGCCUACUCAUCCACAGCUUCUGUGCCUUCAUCAAGUCAUCAAGCUAAUCAAUCCAGUGGAAACUCACUCGAUUUUUCAAUGGAACCGUCAACAAGUUAUGGCUAGUCUGCGAUUCAGUAAUUCCUGAGGUCUUUACAACGUCUUCUCCAUUUAAGAUCAUCAACUUGAGGACUCAUAGUUGACUUGGCAAUCAGUGGAUGUUAUUCAGUAAUCAAAAUAAGUGACAGUGACAGUCAAUAAUUCAUGAGGUCUGAAAAGUUGCUCCUAAAUUUAAAAUUAUCAACUUGAGGGGUUAUACCUGACUUAGCAUUCUGGGGAUGUUAUUCAAUCAUUCAGUAAGCUAA